AUCUCUGCCUGUCAGACUGUGAUCUCCUUGGAUUGGCUCAUUCUGUGACAAGACCAAGGGAAUGACUUUCGCCAGGACUUUGCCUGUCUUUCCCUCUGACUACUGGAUUUGGAAAUGUACAUAAAGGAACUGAUCUAAUGAGAUGAAGGGAAUUGCUGGAUAAAUCCAAACAUGGCAGCUGUACAUGCAUUCAUUUUGUUUCAUAUUGUCUUCGGUUUUUUACACCAGGGUUUGGGUUUGAUUUCAGACUACAAACUAUGUGGAGACCCCCAAUGUGAAAGCAUGAUAAAUCGGGUGCAGGCACAGAGAGACCAUAGUGCUAAAGACUGCCGCUUUCUAAACUUCAAAAAAGGGGAUAUCAUCACUGUUUACUACAAACUUACUGGAAAAAGAAAUGAUCUCUGGGCAGGAAGUAUAGAAAAGCUGUCUGGAUUGUUCCCAAAAGAUGCCAUCAAAGUUGAUCAACUGUUUAUUGAUGAAAAAAAGGAAAUCCAGGUGCCGACCCAGGAAUAUGACUUCAUCUGCUUUGAUGAUAAUGGUUUAGUGAUUGAGCGCAGCACUGAAUUUGAUGAUCUGGAAGAUUUGUCACAAGAAACCGAUCUCAAUGAAGUCCAAGAUAAACCUACUGAAACAGAAGAGAGCGAACCCAGCCAGAUUUCUGUUAAAGAUGUUUCUGAUCAAAACAGCCCCAAGACGACAGAAAAAGGUGGGUCUUCCUGGAUAGGCUCUGCUGUUAGUGGAUGGUUUGGCAGGAAUGAACAAAGCAAUGAUGAACCACAGGAUGAGAUCGCUGAAGUAUCCUUCAAAAGCAGAAAAAUUGUGAUGGAUAUUGAAGAGAACCAUGUGGAGGAGAAGAUUAAUUCUGGAACGUUUGGGUAUAUCAGGGGUGAAAUCACCAAUGCUUUUGGGUUUGGAAACAAGGAUCUAAAAACUGAUACUCAGGACAAUAUUGAGAACCCAACAAAUGAUGAAGAUACCUCAUCUCAGCAGUCUAGCUCCUGGAUAAGUAUGGGUAGAGAUGUCUUGGACUUUAGUGAAGACAAUUCUGAAGCUGAGAAAACAGAUGAAAACUCAAACAUCGAGGAUGAGAGUAUUCUUAGCCCGAGUCAGAACAUGGGUGUUGUUGACAACAUACAGAGAGAUGAAAACAACCCAGAUGACAGUGUGGAAAAUAAGGACGGUCCUUUGGAGGACAGGAAAACAGAAAAUGAAAAAGAAGAAGAGCAGGCGGGGUGGUACGGAAAUAUGUACAACAAAAUCACAAACCUUUACAGAAAAGAGCAAACUAAAGAUGAUGAGGAUGAUGGAGGCAAAGACAGUUUGUCAGAAAGCCCUGGAUCUGCUACAAAUACGGAGAACACUGAAACCAAAGAUUCAGAAUCAAGUUCACAGUCCAUAUUUUCAGUCAACGGCCUGACAUCAAUGCUUAAGCUUCCUUUUCAGGCAGACACAGUAGUAAAGAGAGAUGAGGAAAAGACAGAAAAGGAGGAACAUCCAGGUAAGGAAGACUUUGAUGAGGAACAAAAUAAUAAUGAGGAUCAAGAAGAAGAAAUGUUAACUGAUAUUGAUGAACAGGACUCAAACCCAACAGACACUGAUGUACUUAGCGUUGCAUCUGAUAACGUGGAACAACUAGAUGAAGUAUCGAAUAUGACAAAAUACAGCACAGAUUCACAAAUCCUUGAGAAAAAGUCAGCGGAUAAUUUAACUGACGAAGUUCAAAGUGAAAACAUUGCUGAUUUUUUUGAGGGAAAGUUGGAGCAAGAUACGAGAGAUGUGCAAAGUGACGAGGAAAAGACAGGAACAGAAGAAGAUCCAGGUAAGGAAGACUUUAAUGAGGAACAAAAUAAUAACAAGGAUCAAGAAGAAAAAGUGUUGAUUGAUAUUUAUGAACAGGACUCAAACCCAAUAGACACUGAUGUACUUAUGGAAACUCAGUCACUGUCUAAUAAAACAACGACUUUAAAAGACAGCAUUGCAUAUUAUAGCAUUGAACAACUAGCUGCAGAAUCUAAUAUGACAGAUGACAGCAUAGAUUCACAAAUCCUUGUAACCAAGUCAGCAGAUAAUUUAAAUGAAGAAGUUAAACGUGAAAACAAUGCAGAUUUUUUUGAGGGAACGGUGGAUCAAGAUAGAAGAGAUGGGCAAAGUGAUGAGGAAAAGAAAGGAAAGGAAGAAGAUCCAGGUAAAGAAGACUUUGAUGAGAAACAAAAUAAUUACAAGGAUCAAGAAGAUAAAAUGCUGACUGAUAUUUAUAAGCAGGACUCAAACCCAACUGAAACUCAGGCGUUGCCUGACAAAACAAUGACUUUAAAAGAUAGCAUUGCAUCUGAUAGCAUUGAACAACUAGAUGUAGAAUCUAAAAUGACAGAAGAUUCACAAAUCUUUGAAACCAAGUCAGCAAAUGAUUUAACUGAAGAAGUUAAAAGUGAAAAUAAUGCUGAUGUUUUAGAAGGAGCUGUAGAGAAAAAUAUAAAAGAUGUGCAAUGUGACAAGGAAAAGACUGUAAAGGAGGUAAAUUCAGGUAAGGAGGACUUUCUUGAGCAAAAGAAUGUGAAAGAUGAAGAAAUAUCUGAUGUUGUCAAGCAAGAAUCAAUCACAAAGGAUGUUGAUUUACUUGAUGAAACAAUGACUUUAAAAGACAGCGUUGCAUCUGAUGACAUUAGAGAUAUAGAUGGCUUUUCUAAAAAAUCUAACGCCCAACAUGGUGAUGAAGUUAAGUCUGCAAAUACAAACGAUAAAGUUAUUCAGAGCACAAACAACUUAACUGAUUCAUCUGAUGACAUUUCAGAAGGCAAGCUGACACAAAGUCUGUCUGAACAGGGCAAUUUAGACACUAUCAAACAGCAAGAAAAUGAAAUUAGUACAGAUCCUGUAACUGGUGCUAAGACAUCUGAACUGUCAGAGUCAGAUAUUCAAACAGGUACUCGGUUACAUUAUGAAAAAACACAAGAAUCAAAUGUUGCAGAUUUGUACACUGACUCUCAUAUUGAAACUCUCACAACUGGUCAAAGUGUAAAUGCAGUUGUAAAUACAGAACCGAUUAUGGAUGCAUUAUCAGAAUAUAAUAAUGAAAAACAAUUAGCUGAAGGCGACCAAGGUUUAUCGAAAGAAAAUGAUGAGGUAGUUAUAGACAGAAAAGAUGAAUUAGUUAUGGAAAGAAAUGAGGCACAAUUAGAUGAAGUGCUACCAAAAGACAUCACAUUUCAUGAAGAAAAGUUAUCAGAUCCAGAAACACAUGCAACGCAAAUGAGCAAUGAACAUAAAUUGGACACAAACAUAAAUCCUCUUGAUGAAAGAUCUUCUCCUAAUCACAAUCUUGUAGCAGAUGAAUUAACUGUAACUAGUGAAGAAAAUCUGCAUUCAGAGCUAGAGUCAAAUUCAUCCCUAAACGUCACAGAUUAUGAGAUGGAUAAUACCAGUGAACCGCAUCAUGAAUCAUUGGUGAAAGAAAACUCAGGUAUAAGUAUUGUUAAGGAUACUGAUUCAGUAGGUAAAUAUGACGAUGAGGUUGUAUCUCAUGAAGAGCGAAAGGAAUCAGAUACAGUUUCUGAACCUACAGAGAAUUAUUUUGAAAAAAAAGAGAAAGAGGAUGACACACAAAUCACACAUGAAUUUCAGACACAGGAAACACAUACAAAUAGCCCAUCGCUAAACACAUCUGAUGGAUCUGGUGAUUUAGAAGAUGCUGGUCAUGAUCCCAGUUUACCAGAAAAUGCAGACAUUGAUAAUAUUCCUAACGCUGUGUCUGAAGACCCAGAUGGCUAUACAACUUCCACAGAAACAGAACUGACAAAUGAAUUCUUCUCAAAGAAUGACCCAGUUCGGGAUGGCAAUAUUAAUAUCAUGCAUGAUCAAAAUCAAAGUGUUGAGCACAAAGAGGAGACUGACACAGCAAAUAAUGAGGAUCGUCAAACCGAUUCAGAAAGUGUCACACGAAGGAAGGAAAGUGGCAUAAGUGCCAUCUGGGAUCAAAGUGAUGAUGGUGACAUGGAAGUGAAGUCAGAAGAUAAAGAAGAACAUAGUAAUGAAGAACAGCCUGGAAGCCUUGAAAUUCAAGACAAAAAAACUGUCAAUCAACCUACAGAAACCUCUAAAGAAUAUACAAACUUAUAUCCUCAUCUGAGCGAACAGAAUAUUGAAGACCUUUUAGAUUUAUUUGGAGACCAGAAGUUGUCAUGGCUGGAUUCCAAAAUGGGAAAUGGUAAUGCAGGUCAAGAUAAUGAUGACAUUGAUGAACUUGGUGACUUUGAACAGCUGUUGGAUUACCAUAUGAAGAUGAACACCAAAUUGGGACAUAUUCAACAAGAUAACGGUUUUCCUGGCAAGGAUAAUGCUAAAGAAUAUCCAGCACUACAAAAACUGUUAACCCUCUUAUCUUCUCUAAGAAAGAAAUAUUCACCAGUGAUAACAGAUAACAGUUUAGAAAGCCCAGGGAUCAGCAACAAUGACUGUGUUCAUGAAGCAUGUCUACAUGUGAAUAAGAAUACACAAAUCUCUACAACAGAGGUUGAAAAUAAUCAAGUUACCGAAGACAGAGCUGAUAUAAAGGACUUGGGCAAUCCUCAGAAUGAGCCCGUCUCUGAGGAAAAGGACCUUUCAGCAAACAGAGCUAAUGUGGAGGAUGUUCAGACUGAUGAGCAGGAUAUACAAACGCAUGAGGAUUGGACAUCUUUUGAAACCAAGAAAACUACUUUCCAAACCCACAGUCUUAUAUCUGAGGAGCAUGUUGAAUCACAGAAAGGUGAAGGGCAAUUUCAUCAGAUGGCAGUUUUUGUUGAAGUCACAAUUAAUGAAAUUGCAUCUAUAGUGGACAAGGUUGUGUCUUCACUUCCUGAUGAUAUCCGGCCUGGUCCUGACUUAUAUGGACUGCCAUGGGAAGCUGUGGUUUUCACUGGAUUUUUAGGUUUAUUCACACUGCUUCUGUUCAGCUGCAGGUUCAUUCAUUCUAUCAGAAGUCGAUUGUAUGCAAGUAAAGAGAAGCAAAUGGCGCAGAAAGUGGCUGAACUGCUUGAUGAAAAAUGCAAAGUGCUGGAGACAUUCAGUGAGGUUAAACAGAAGUUUGACAAACUAGAGUUCACACUACAGAACAAUGGCAUGUCUGCACAAGCUGCAGAAAAAGACAAUUUAGAGGUGGCGUCACAGAAGCUUGAACAAUCAAAUGCACAGAUGAAAAAGGAAAUAGAGAGGCUGCAAGAAGAGCUAUCCCAACAAAACAAAGCAAGAAAACAGCAAGAGGAUCAGCUUGCUGAACUCGAGCAGAUUUUAAGAAAUUUAGAAGAGGAAGCCAAAGAACGAAAGUCCCAGUUAGAACAGGACAACACAACACUGAAGAUCCAUGAGAUCAACACAGAGCGACUGCAGAAGAACCUGCAGGCAGCCAAAGAAGAGCAUGCGAUGCUGCUCGAGAGUAAAGCACAGCUGGUGCAGGAGGCAGAGGACUGGGGUGAACGUCUCGGUGAGCUGGAGGAGGAGAUGACAAUGUGCGAAAGAUCACAUACUGGCAUGCUGGAGGACUGCGCUAAUAAAGAUGAUCGCAUCAAGUCACUGACGGAGUGCCUUUUGAAGAUGCGAGAUUGGGAUUCUGAGGACGAGAGCUGCGUUGACGGCAGCACUAAUACAACUGGAGCUGAGAAUGGAGACAGUUCAGAUUUCCAUCAGAAGCAAAAAGUACAGAAACUUAUUGAAGCGGCCAAGAUGAGUGCAGACUUGAAGUCCAUGGAGGAGGACAAGAACAGAGUGUUCGCCAAACUCGCAGAUGAAGUUAAAGCCAAAGAAGAUCUUCAAGAGGGGAUCAAACACCUUGAGGAGCAGAAGGAGGUAUUGGAAUCGGAGAGUGCCAACUAUGCUAGUGAAAGCCAGAAACUCCAGCAGAAACUCCAGAUCAUGACUGAAAUGUACCAGGAGAAUGAACUCAAACUACACAGGAUGUUGACAGUGGAGGAGAAGGAGCGCUUGCAAAAGGAGGAGAAGCUCAACAAGGCAGGCAAGAAGAUCAGUCUUGCUGCAGAGGAGCUCAACACUUACAGACAUCGAGCCAAAGACCUAGAGGAAGAACUGGAAAGGACUUCACAUGCCUAUAAGAAUCAGAUUGCUUCUCAUGAGAAAAAGGCUCAUGAUAACUGGCUAGCCGCAAGGGCAGCAGAUCGAGACCUGGCUGAUGUCAAGAGAGAAAACGCUCAUCUCCGCCAGAAGCUGACUGAUGCCCAAUUCAAGUCUGAGAUACUUGAAAAGGAUGUACGAGAGGGCAGACCUUUAUUUAGAGGUGAAAGAUCUCCAUAUGGACCCUCUCCUCUUAGCCGACCAUCCUCAGAAACACGGGCCUUCCUGUCCCCGCCUACACUAAUGGACGGACCCCCUCGACUCUCACCGCAGUUUAUGGGUCCAAGCAGAGCAUCCCGUGGCGUGGGAGAGCCCCCUAGUGGUGGGCAAGACUUUGAGCGGAGUGGCCCUCACUCUGAUAGUGGCUCACUGUCUCCCUCCUGGGACAGGGAACGCAGGGGCCCUCCCCCUCCUCCAGGUCAUCCUCUCCCAGACCCGGGUUUGCCCUUUAGGAGGCCUCCUCCAGGUCCGUAUCCUAUGGGUCCUUUGCCUCCUAGACCUCCACUUCCUCCUGAGCCAUACUUUGGUGAAAAAUCAAAUUCAUCAUUUCUAAGAAACAGCUCAUCCAUCAGUGAAAAUGAGAGCAGAGAAGGUCCUCACUCGAUGCUUGGUGACAUGAGAUUGCCCCCUGAUCCAGAUUCAAGAAUGGGACCUCCUCCUGGCCCCCGAUUAAUGGGAAUGCCCCCACUGAUGGACCCUAGGGACCCACACUUCCCACCCAGGGGCCCUUAUGGACCUCCGGAGUUCUUUCCCCCUCGUGGUCCCCCCAUAGGCAUGCGAGGGCCACUUCCCCCGGGAAUGUUUCCCAGAGCUCCAAUGCCGCUCCCUCAACAUAUGGGCUAUCUGCCACCAAGACCUCUGUCUGACAGCUUCCCCCCCGGACCACCACCCAGACCCUCCCCACCGGGCAGCGAGCAGACCCCCGACCAGUCGCCCUCUCCUCAUGAUGUCAUCUGAUCUCUCACGCUCUCUUCCUCUCCUGCAAACUGUUUCCGACUUCCUGUUGUUGUGCUCGGGGGUGUUUCCUUUGAUAUGUAACCACAGUAGCCUUGUGGUUAUCUCUUACUUCUGUCUUAGUUGAAAGCGCAAGCAUGGCAAAGGGUGCAGCACAUGCCACUGGUUAUAAUAUUAUGAGGAGGAAGUUGAUGUCUGUAUUUCAGGUACAGUGUAAGUGUGCAGCCUUUGUGAACCUGUAGGUAAAUUGUAAAAAGUCAAUGAGACUGCCUUUUAUCAGGAUUAUAGGUGCUCAGGUUUGUGAUGUUCUGAUGCUUUUUUUUUAAUUGAAGGUAGAUGAUAAAAGGUCCUCAUAUUUGUCAAACUGUAUAUAUAGAAAGUCUAAAUAUAUAUUGUGAAUAGGAUGCUGUUGAAACUAGACUUUGGUAGCAAGCUUGACAAAUCCAACAACUCAGUCCAGAGAACAGUCCAUGUAGCGGAUAUAUUUAUAGUUUCCUCUAAUAACAACUCAUGCCUUAAAAUAGGUGGUCUGAUGAAAUUAUGUACAUUAAUAAAAGAUGUCAUUUGAAAAA